UGUGUUGAUGGACGAUCCCUAAUGGCCUAGCCCCUGCCUGAAGUCAUCUCUGGUGUGAACGUGCACAUGUGUGCGCUCCUUAUGGAGCAAUUGAAAAGGAAUUCCCUCUCACCACCCAGCUGCUCUGAGAGAGAGGGAUAGAAAUGAGCUGCUUGGUGGCUUCUUGGCAUGGAGACCUCCAUCUAGUCUUUCUAAGGAAGAGAACCCCUUCCAACAGAGACUGGGGAAAGCAGUCUGCCUGAAGUUCUGUGGAUGAAGUCACAAAUCCAAAGGUGACAUCAUAGUUGAGUCUGUUGAUGGUCUUGGGUGAAGUCGCAAGUGGAUACACAGCAGGAACAGGGAGAAUGUCUACCUCUGAAAAGCUGAGCAGCUCUUUGAUAGGCUCAGAGACUCAUAGGAUCAGUAUUCAUCCCUCUGUGGCAUGGGUAGACAACGAUUCUGAAGAUGAAGGAAGCUUUAAACAGAAUCAAAUGGGGCAAAAGAUCACUGGACUUCUGAGCAAAUCUGUCUCGAACUGCUCGUCUCCCAAACAGAUACUGAGUUUCCCAGAAUCCACUGAUACCUCCCGUGCACAGCAAGUUGAGGACAAGAUCAAUUAUGAGCACUUGCAAAAAUUGGAGCGAUUGUUCCGGGAAGCUGACUUAGACAAGGGUGGAGGGCUGGAUAUUAAGGAGUUCCACAAGGCAAUGAAGAAGAUAAUGGACAAUAUUACUGAAGAAGAUAUUGAUAUCAUAUUUAUGAAAAUUGACACUGAUUGUGAUGGCUCCGUGGGCUGGGAAGAAUAUCUGAACUAUAUAUUGCGAGAGUACAGAGGAAAGGAUGACAUGCUGAAAAGCAAAUCUCCUCUGCAAUUUCAGACACCCGUGAAAAUCAUUCCAGUGAUCCAAGGCCAGGAAAUCAUCAAGGUGCAGUUUUUCCCAAGCCAGGGCCGGGCAACGGACAGGAAUGAAAAGGCCAAGAAAAGUAGUGAUUGGAAUCUGACAGGGCGAUUCCUGACAGUCAGCAGGGAUGGAAUCUUACUCUACUGGAGUGACACCUUCAAACUGCUCCGCACUGUCCAGCUUGACCAGUCUGGACGACGGCCCAGUCAGCAGAUGUGGGUCACUGACAUGGUGUGUCUGUCUAAUAUCAACCUGUUGGCGAUAGCAUCUACUGAUCAGAUUAUAGAAUUCUUUGAUAUCAGUGGCAACAAAUGUGACAGGCUCUUUUCCCUUGUUGAGCUUGACAGCUGUGUUACGGCCUUGGAUUACUGGACAGAUGGGUACAAAGGAGUGUUUUGUGUUGGUGAUGUGAAAGGAAACAUUCUGAUCUUCACCUCACUGGAUGUUGUAGCAAAUGGGAUCUUCAACGUCCGUCACUAUAUAACUAAGCCAGGUGUCUUAGCCAGAAUACCAGUACAUCUUCUCCUGAAAGGAAAGGCCAGUCUAUACAGAAAUUUCCGAGUGCCUGCUCUCCAUGGGGACUGGUGCCACCAGAUAAAAUUCAUUCCUCAGCUCAAUCUUGUUGCCUCCUGCUCAGCAGCUGAUAAGAGAGCCAUGGUGCUUACUUCACUUCCACUACAUACCAUGGGUAAACCCCAGUUAUCAACGAUUGCUUUAAGGAAAGGCAUUCUCUGCUUCGAUUAUUCACCUGAGAUGAACGUGCUUGUGACCGGGGGAUUGGAUCCACUGGUUAGAAUAUGGAAUCCAUUUGUUACCAACAGCCCCAUAACGCUGAUGAAAGGCCACGUUACUGCUGUGACUCACAUAAUAGUGAAUGGAAAGAGAAACACCAUCCUCAGCAUCUCCAAAGACAAAAAUAUCCGUGUUUGGGAUUUGCUAGAUCACUUCUGUCUCCAGUCCAUUCCUGGCAGGAGUAUUUCAUUAGGGAAUUGUCCGAUUGUUGAUGCCUGUUACAGCGUUUUAAACAAUAUGCUCAUCUGCACCACUUUCUCUAUUGGAAUUUUCUAUGGAGAGGUAGAAUUUAUGGAAACCAUUAACUCAGAAGUCAAAUCCCAUGACCAGCCGGUAUGUACAGCCCUGUAUAACAGGAACUUCAAACAGGUGGUGAGUGGUUGCCAUCAUGGGAUGGUCAGAGUCUGGGAUAUCAUGACUGGGCAAAAGAUGAUGCAGUUUAUGACCUCAGAGGGCAAGCACACUGAAAUAACAGCAAUGGCUUUUGAUGGGCCGGAGAGACGUCUCAUCACUGCUUUGAAAGAUGGGACAAUCAAGUUCUGGAACUUCAACAAUGGGGCCUGUCUGCUUGAGAUGCCUCACUUGGAUAAAACGGAGAUCAGUGGAAUUCUGUAUAUCAAUCUGAAGGUAUAUGUGACUGGCUGGAGUAAGAGAGUUACAUGGUACCUAGAUGUUAAAGAAGAUGAGGUAAUUGAAUACAAACACUGGAAAUCCUACCACUCAGAGGACGUCUUAUCUAUAGCCAAAUAUAAAGGUCAACUCUUGGCUACUGCCUCCUGCGAUGGAGAUGUAGUGAUCUGGAGUACGGACUCGGGACAGGCACUCUGCAGGUUUAACGCAUCCCAGAGUCCUUUGACCCUUAUGCCAAACAGGGUGUUUAUUGAGAGCAAGGAAGAUCCCGGCAGAGGAAAUAUCCCAAAGAAACCAUCAGUAUCAGUAAAGCUCAGCAGUUAUGCCGAGUCUGGGAAAAAGCGCUGGGCAGACUCGAGGACUAGCUUGGCAACUAGGCUUUCAACUACUGAGAAUCCUUCUGUUUCCUUUUUUGGCCAAUGCAGAAAUUUGGCUCCUGCUCCAUCUGUUAUAAGACAGUCCAGAGAAAAGCAGCUGGAUGAAGCUAAAGGGCAGCAGGCAGUCCAGCCUCCAGGAGGGGAAAAUACUGACAUAGAAAGUGAUUCUCCCAAAGACCAAGAUGCUGCUGAAACCAGCAACCAAGAGCAAAACUAUCCAAAUUGGCAGGAAGAGUUGAAGGGCCUCCCAGCUGCUGUGGAAAAGAUACUUUUCCUGGAGACACGUGAGCAGUCUCCUGACACAGCCAUUUUGCUAACCAGCUCUGCAGGUGGCUACAUCUAUGCCUGGUCAGUCUGUAGUGAAGGGGGGAUGUUGGGCAAAUUUCAGGCAGUACAUGGUGAUGUAAAUGCAGUAGUCGGUACCAUGUCCACGGAUCCAGAGGACUUCAUCUUGUUGACUGGAGAUUCCCUAGGUUAUAUUAAGAUCUGGGAUAUCGAGAAUUACUGCAAAUCAAAAGAGGUAAAGAAAGUUUCCAGGGCAGUAAAAACAGAAACAUCUCGCAGAAAUGAGAACAUGUUUCGUGACUUAAUCCCAAAAUACUGCAGAGUUCCUGUCAGAAAAAAUCCAUCUAUGGAAACUGAGGUCCUGGAUGGCUGGAGUACCACCCUCGUCCCCCCAGAUCUUCUAAACUCUUGGAGGGGUCAUCUGAAGAAUGUAUCCCACAUUGUGUAUGUGGAAAAGCUCAAACUGAUUGUCACGUCCAGCUAUGACUGCAAUGUCAAACUCUGGCUGCUCUCAGGCAGGCACAUAGGGACCUUUGGGCAGUCACUGUGGAACGUUGGGCUCCAGUAUCUGAGGCCAGCUGAGGUGCCAUCGGAAAUCCGAAGAGUUGGUUCCACUCAAACCCUGAAAGUGCUAAAUGAGGGCAGGUUCCCUCACUGGGAAGGUACUCGAAGCAUUAUGCACACACUUAACCAGCAGAGACGGCAGCAGUCCAUGAUGACGAAUUUAUUACAAGGAAAAUCAGGUCUAAUCUCAGAUGUUAAUCCGAACAUUCAAAAAAUGAUCCAGAAAGAGAAGCGACUCACCCGUUACAUGGAUGAACAAAUUGAGGCUGAGUGGCACCAGUGGGAAGAGAAGGGGAAGCUGAAGAGUGAGAUCCUGGGCUCCUCCUACAAGCAAAAAGUGAGACGUCAUUUAUCUGAGUUCCUCCCAGACGUAAAGGCCUGUGUUACUCACAAAGAUCAGGCCAGGAUCUAUCACUGUAUCCAGUAUGCUGAUCUGCAGGAUGUCACUUCUCCUCCAGUUCCUGAGACGUUGGUAGAGAUGCAACAAUGUCAACUAAACUUUAGGAGAAAAUCAAGGUCAGGAAAAAACUUAUCUACUGCCAUUUCUCACAAGCUAAAUCUGAAAACAAAGUAAACUGUACAAGGACUAAAGAUGAUGAAGGUUUUGGGCCUUGUUCUCUGGGGCUUGCUGAUGCCAAUGCAAGUUUCAGGCACAGGACGCUGCCUUGUCCCUCGAGAUUCAUAUGAAAGGGCUUGUGAAGAGUCAGUAGCUGGCCUCUUCAAGCAUGAAAUGGAGAGACUCAAAUUCCCAGAAUCAACAAUUACCUUAAUCACUAUCAAUGGGUUGCAUGUUGCUGAAGCCACUGUGCUCCCAGUGAAAUCCAAGUACAUUCCUGGAGUUGGGGUCAAGGUGGGAUUUUCUGCUAAACUCAAAAUCCUUGGCACUUGCUGGUCUAUCCUCUUGUCUGGCCUGACCACCAUCAAUGUGCGUGUAGACUGCAGUGCGCUUGUUCUGCUGCCUAAGUAUUUGCCGCUUACCACCAGCGUUGCCAUCAAGGAUUGUCAAUGUGCGGUGGUUCUCAAGGACAUCGGUAUCAACCUGCUCGAUAUCAAUGUGAGCGUGACAGCCAGCCUAGGGAACAACAUCCUACUGGCGUUACAAGUCAAGACGCCUACAAUACUUUCAGCUUGUAUUUCCUUCGGGCAUUCAAAGAUGCUGAGUGAGAUUAACUCUGUUCUCCCAUUUGAGAAGGGAAAGCUCCUGUAUGUGGCUCAAACUCCAAAAGUAAAUGACCAAUUCAUUGAAAUUCCUGUACAGACGGAAUACGUGGCUGACAAUGGGAAGAAGAUCCCCAUUCUGCCCCUCUCGGAGGAUUUUGUGAUAUUGCCACAACUGAAUCAUACUUCUGAGGCCAUAGGAGAGAAUGUCAUCACUUCUAUCCUCUCCUACACAGUCUUCAAGAAACCCCAUUCCUUCUCUUGUACCCCUCAAACGUUUCUUGACACUCUCUCCCUGGAGCUGAUCCUCUCUGAACUGAUUGUUUCCAAGUGCCCAACCUGCACUCCAAUCUCUUCUUCACUGUUCAUUGUUACCAAAGUGGUCACACCUCUGACAGUCGGUCUGGAUGUGAACCUGUGCGCCAUGAAUCUCACUCUCAGCCUGCAGAUAAUGGAUAAAAAGGGAAACAAGAAACCUGUGCUCCUCAUUGCUUUGAAAGCAGAACUCGGUUUGGCUGCCACCCUCCAGCUGGUUGAAGGAAAGGUGCAAUUCACUGCAUCCCUGGACAGAUUGCAUUUCAAGCUGCUUUCCUCAGUCGUGGGCCCUGUCAUUAUUGUACGUCUUCAGGCACCCUUGAGAGCUUUCAUCCUGAAAAUUAUACUAAAGGAGAUCAACUUUUACCUCCACUUAGCAAAAAUCCCAAUCUUUAGAGCACCAGGAUUGAAGCCCAGCUUUGCUCAUUGCCACCCUUCUAAGCACUGUCUUGUGUGCCAUAAAAAACUCCAUAAAGGGUGAUGUACCAGGCGAGUGUGGUGCUGAUUCAUCUCUGACACUGAGGAGAGAGAAGAAAGAGUGGCACAAAUGAGGAGGUUUAAUUCAUGUUCCUUUUUCCAAAAUUUUGAUUCAACCUUUUUACUCUGGGGAAAAGUUGCCACAUCUAUUAUGGAAUUUCAGCUGAAGAAUGGCAGUAGAUCCAAUUGUCUCCUUGUUACUUGGAUUUACUAUUUUUCAAAUCAAAUCUGUCUUGAGUGAUGAGUUUCAGGGAGGGUUUGGGAUUGUGGUUAUUGUUCUAUUAGUUUCCUUUGGUUACUCUGUUAAUAAAUCAUUCUUAGC